AUGGCCAGCAAGCCAGGAAGAUCACUCCAAGGGCCCCGGGGGUACCAGCAGCAGCCCACAGAAGCAUCUAGAGUCAGGCAGCCUUUCCUGCAGAAGGUCCACACCAUCGAACCCCGCCAGGUCCCCCAAACCCUGGCUCAACGCGAGUUCCUGCUCCCCAGACAAGAGCUGCAGAUACCCGGCUUCACCCCGAAACGCUACCACCGGCUGGCCACCAGGCAGCUGCCGCACUUGGAGAUCAAGUGCAAGAUGCGCCAGUACCUGGCGAGCCCCAGGAGGGACGGCCCCCCGCAGCACCCGUGGGGCUUCCACACGUGGCUGGACGUGGGGCGCCUGCCACUCACCCUGCCCUCCCGGCCCGACAAAGUCUACGACAGCAACAUGUGGCGCUGGCUGACCAGGAGCGGGCCCUGCUCCCCCGCCAGCACCCCAGUGCCCCCUCCCUCCAUCCUGGGCCCCAAUACCUUCCCCACCUUCAUCCAGUCCAGGCCCAUCUUCCUGGACGCCAACAGAAAGAAGCAGGUGCUGGACCGUGCGGCCAAGGAGCUGAGGGAGGGGCAGAAGCUCAAGCUGAGGAGCGAGGUCAGGGCGCCCCCGCUGGACACCCAGGGCAACAUCCUGCCCCCUACAGGCUACAAGAAGCCUGUGCACGUGUCUGCCGGCGGGCGGCUCCAGUCCCAGGGGGACCCUCUCCUGCCCAUCCCGAUCCCCCUGGCUGCCACCUGGGGCUGGCCCUGCCCCAACCCUGUGCCUCAUUACCAGCAGAGAAAGACAAAACUGGCCUACCAGCCCAGCCCCAUGCUGAGCCAGGACCUCCUGAAGAGGUACCAGAACCUGCUCCCGGGCCGGGUGGCCGUGCCCCUCUACCAAGGGUCCACCGCACGAUGGCCCCGGGACUCGGGGAAGGUGACAUGGAGAAAAGCGGGGCAUGCUGUGGAUCAGGCCGGGGCAGCCGCUGGGGGCUCUCACGGGAACAACGACAGAGCCCCGGACAGUCCUGGAGCCUCGGAUAAGAAACGAACCUUGGGUGGCACUGGAGCCUCCCGUGGCACUGGAGCCUCCCGUGGUACUAGAGCUGCCCGUGGCACUGGAGCCUCCCGUGGUACUAGAGCCUCCCGUGGUACUGGAGCCUCCCGUGGUAGUGGAGCCUCAGAUGGCACUGGAGCCUCGGACGUUACUCAAGCCAUCAAUGAUGGUGCUGGAGUCUCUGAUAAUGCUGGAGCCUUGGAUGAUGGCUCCGGAGCCUCAUAUGGCGCUGGAGCCUUGGAUGAUGCCUCUGGAGCCUCGUAUGGCGCUGGAGCCUUGGAUGAUGGCUCUGGAGCCUCGCGGGACUGGUCUCUGGUCCUCCCCACUCCUGUGCUGGCCUUGGAUGAUGCCUCUGGAGCCUCGUAUGGCGCUGGAGCCUUGGAUGAUGGCUCUGGAGCCUCGUAUGGAACUGGAGCCUUGGAUGAUGCCUCUGGAGCCUCAGGUGGCGCUGGAGCCUUGGAUGAUGACUCUGGAGCCUCGUAUGGCACUGGAGCCUUGGAUGAUGGCUCCGGAGCCUCGUAUGGCGCUGGAGCCUUGGAUGAUGCCUCUGGAGCCUCAGGUGGCGCUGGAGCCUUGGAUGAUGGCUCUGGAGCCUCGUAUGGCACUGGAGCCUUGGAUGAUGGCUCUGGAGCCUCAGGUGGCGCUGGAGCCUUGGGUGAUGGUUCUGGAGCCUCGUAUGCCACUGGAGCCUUGGAUGAUGGCACUGGAGCCUCAGAUGAGGCUGGAGCCUUGGAGGAUGGCGCUGGAGUCUCAGAUGGUGCUGGAGCCUUGGGUGAUGGCGCCAGAGCCUCGGAUAGCACUGAAGCCUUGGAUGGCGCUGGAGCCUGGGACAGUACUGGAGCCUCAGAUGAUACUGAAAUCUCUACCGGAACCUCAAAUGAUACUGAAGCCUGGGAAGGUGCUGGAGCCUCCAAUGAGAGCAGAGUACUGCGUCCACCCAGCCCCCAGGCUCCAGAGCCCUGA